AUGACAUCGAUUCGAUUGGCGUAUUAUUGCGACGACGAGCCAAGCUGGCUGGUCACCGAGACCAAUAUGCGGUUCCGAUGCCAGAAGCACACAUUUUACCAUUGGGUUGCAAACUUCAAUAACCGUGAUGUUUUUUGGCUUGGCCUGAUCCUCGGUGUGUUAUCUGCAAUAAUCUAUCAACUCUACAGGUGCCGGCGCCUACUUCUCCUCAUUUGGCUACAAGCGGUGGAAGAGGCUGAAGCAGAUGCUGACGGAUUAAUGACCGGGCUUAGCGAUCCGUUUGAGAUGAUGCGAAGGAAUAUGGAGGACGAAAGGAUUUUGGAUUCUGAUGAUGAGCAAGGC